AUGGGCACCAAUGAGCAAGAUAUCAACAGAAAGAGAAAAAACAGCCAUGACUUUCUACAAUUCUCCGACCUUGACGAAGAAGAAGACAACGAUUUUCUUACCCUUUCCUUGUCUUUUCGUCCAACUACAAGACCUCGACACCUCCCACCACCACCAACAUCAUUUAUUCCUCCUCCGCCGCCACCACCACAAUCAUUCCAAUCAUUACUGUCACAACCACUACCACACCACCCCCUCCAACUCUCACCCUCCCACCCCAUCUACAUUCCACCAAUAUCGGUGCCGUUGGAGUUGCCAUUAGCAUCAAUGAACCGCCAGGACUCAGGCCCGUCGCGGCGAAUUCGCCGAAACCCAACACAAGCUCCACGGGAAGGAAAAAGCGACACCGUCCCCGCCCCAUUUCCAUGGGCAACUACCCGACGCGCCACCGUUCAUAGCCUCAACCACUUGCUGUCAAAUCAAAUCUUCGCCAUCUCCGGCGAAGUCCAUUGCAAGCGAUGCGAGCAACAGUAUGAAAUGGAGUACGAUCUGAGAGAAAAGUUCGUCGAAGUUGGAUCGUUUGUUGUAGAAAACAAAGCCGCUAUGCAUGACCGAGCUCCGAGUGUUUGGAUGAACCCCAUUCUGCCUACUUGCAGGUUCUGUGAACAAGAAAACAGUGCGAAACCGAUCAUUUCGGAGAAGAAGAAGAAGAUCAAUUGGUUGUUUUUGCUUCUGGGUCAGAUGCUAGGUUGUUGUACACUUGAACAAUUGAAAUAUUUUUGUAAGCACACCAAAAAUCAUAGAACUGGUGCCAAGGAUAGGGUUCUUUAUCUCACAUACCUUUGUUUGUGUAAACAACUUGAUCCCAAUGGACCUUUCAAGUGA